UAACAUGGGACAGGCCUGACAUAAAAUACAUAUUAUCCACUUUCUCACUCUCACACUCCACCUUCACCUUAGCCUCUCCUUCUCCCUCUUCAGUUGCUUGUUACAAUUACAAUGCUAUUACUAUUCCCACCUCUGUCUCAGUUAGCUUCACAAACUCGCUUGCCUUUGCCUUUUCCCGUGAAAGCCAAAGUCAAACUGAAGGUUGUGUCCGAAGCUGAUGCCUUCCCUUCAUUUCUUCCCAAAGAAGUUCACAGAAUCAAAGACCCUUUUGCUCGAAACCUUGCCAUGCGGAUUCACAGACUUCCAGUUUCUGUUAGGUUCUCUGAAAAUCCUAUCAUGAGUAGUUGUGUGAAGCCAUCGAUGCAGAACACGGCGAAUCCAGUUGUCCUUCUACAUGGUUUUGACAGCUCAUGUUUAGAAUGGAGAUACACAUAUCCAUUGCUUGAGGAAGCUGGUUUUGAGACAUGGGCAGUUGACAUUCUAGGUUGGGGUUUCUCUGAUCUAGAAAAACUUCCUUCAUGUGAUGUGGUAUCAAAGCGUGAUCACUUUUAUCAGUUUUGGAAGUCCCACAUAAAAAAGGCAAUGAUAUUGGUUGGUCCAAGCCUUGGCUCUGCAGUUGCCAUUGACUUUGCAGUCAAUUAUCCAGAAGCUGUGGAAAAGCUUGUUUUGAUUGAUGCUAGUGUGUAUGCAGAAGGAACAGGAAACCUAGCAACCUUACCUAGAGCAGCAGCCUAUGCUGGAGUAUAUGUAUUGAAGAGCAUUCCGUUACGCUUAUAUGCUAACUAUUUGAGCUUCACUAGCUUGACUUUCAGUACCAGCCUUGACUGGACUAAUAUUGGCCGCUUGCAUUGUUUAUUGCCAUGGUGGGAAGACGCUACGGUUGAUUUUAUGACUAGUGGUGGUUAUAAUGUUGCCUCCCAGAUAGAAAAGGUAAAGCAGAAAACUCUCAUCAUUUGGGGAGAGAAUGAUCGCAUAAUCAGCAAUAAGCUUGCAGUGCGACUGCAUUGUGAAUUAGCUGAUGCCAUUAUACGCCAAAUACCCGAUUGUGGUCACCUUCCUCAUGUUGAAAGACCAGAUUCUGUUGUCAAAUUCAUUGUUGAAUUUGUUCAGAGCAAAACCAACACAGAAAAGGAAUGUGUUUCACCCGUAUGACAAGGAAGCAUGCUCUGUCCAUGUUGUAGUUGUGUUGGACACUAUCCGUGUUAGACACUUUAAAUAUUUCUAGUUGCAUUUUUUAAUUUUUUUUGUUACUCUUUUUUUUUUCUCAACUAUACUCCAAUACAAAAUAGAAAUCACAAAAAAUAAUAUACUAUGGCAUUUUAUUAUGCCUUAAAUGAUUCAUGAUCACUUUUAAAACAUCAAUUCUCUUUUUUGAUUUAA